AUGGCACGGGCUCCGGGCCGCGCUGGCCCUGGAUUCUACUAUGUAGUCAUUCCUUCAAAGCCAGAGGACAAAAUGUACCAGGUCUACCACCCGGAACGAUCAGUGCGGUACGAGGACUUGAGCUUCAUCAGAACAGUGAGAGAGAUUCUCUUUCACAAGGCUCAGGCUCCUUGCAUUGACGAAUAUCGGAAGAAUCUGCGCAAGGAUUUGUUCGACUUCUCCAGCGAGCCACAGGACAAUGACCGAGAGGUGAGGUGCGGCGUGAAGGAGGAGAAGGACCGAGUAGAAGAUGCCUUGCGAAAGAUUGGGGAUGACCAGCUGGAGCUCUUGCAGUCCAUGACCUCCCUCAAGGGUGUCACUUUGGUGGAGCCAUCCAAAAGUCCUGACAAGAAGGGGGUUUUCAUGUUCUACGCGAAGAGCUCCGACAAUCCCGUUAACUCACGUGCCAUCGAUCUAUGUUGGACGGCUGGGCUUCCGCCGGAGGAGGUGCGGGGCACCUGCAUUCUCUCGCGCACUGAGGAAGUGGUUGAGGAGUUUUGCCGCGAUGCCACUUGGCGCCGCUGUGAUUUCACCUUAGAUGAUUGCGCCUCCCAUGCUGCAUGGCUCCAGGAUGCUCGUCAACGUCGAGUUGAGUCGGGCCAGAAGCGCGAGGAUGAUUCGAGAUGGUUCGCCAACUUGGCCGAUUGUGAAGCACCAAUGCCGGGCGGCGCGAUUGAUGGAGCAGUUUGGAAGCAAAGCGACGAUGAGAUCGACAUUUGCUUCGAUGCAGGACCUUUCGCAGGAAUCCGUGCGACGAGACGAGACAUCAAUGUGCAGUACACAAAGAGGACCCUAUUCGUGCGAUUACGAGGUCGAGUCCUGUGCAAUGCGGAGCUGGCUGGUGAGGUUGAUCCCCAAGGCUGCUGCUGGACGUUUGACCGCGAUCGAUAUGCCUUGCAGGUGACGCUGUGUAAGUCGAGAGCGACGGCCUGGGAGCGACUGAUCAGACGCGAAGUCCCCGGCAAGGGCCAUGGGCACAAGGAAGUGCAAAGCAACUUCCCGGCCUGUGCUGCCGUGGAGUGUGGUGGAAGGAGAUCCAAGAGCUUGUUGAUCGGCAGAAGACAAGGUUUUGCCGAAGGACGCCGCGGUACGUGCAUGAAAUUCGUUGUGUGCAUUUGCAUUUUGUUCUGCCUUGUGUUGCAGUUGCAGCCUCUCCUGGAAAAGUUUUCAGUGCAGUGCACUGCGUCUACCAGUGAUCAGGGAGUUGCAGCAAGCAAGCCGUUCUGCGGCUGGCCUUGA